AUGCUGUCUGUCGUGUUCCUCUUCGCGCUGUUUGCCCAAACGCUUGCCGCUCCGACAAACAUUACCCUCAACCGACGUUUGACCACGAUCAACAAUGGAAAUGCUUUCGUACAAGGGACUAUUGGCUCAAUGACCUGGCAAGCUUCCGGUGUUCUUGAGCAGGGUUGCACCCUCUCCACGAUCUCCUCUUGUUACCAUAUGUACCUCACCUCCGACCCCACUUCGGAGUUGGACACCAACCAUCUUCACUCUCCGCGUCAGCGUGAUGAGUUCCAUUUCCCUCAGACCUCUGCUGGCCAGUCGUUUUCAUACACCUGGAAGCAAUAUUUCUAUUCGUCUACGGGAACAGGCUCCACCUGGUUCCAUCUCAUGCAGGCUUUUGGCAUUUCGGAGAAUGCACCGCUGGACUAUGUGCGAGGGACUGGCGGCUCCAGCUGUGGAAGCGCCACAUGCCCUGCUACCAGCUUGGACAAUUACCAUGGGCUGACGACGACUCAUAAAAUCUCAGGGCAGUUUGGUCCGACAGGAAGUUUGAACUACAAAAUCACUAACAGCGACGGCGACACGAUACUUGGGUACUCUGUCUCGGGGAAUAUGGGUGCUGGCGGUGGCUAUAUCAAGUUCGGUCUGUAUCGACUCACUUGGGACGGAAUGACCACUGCAAAUGCGGUUGUGGGUGAUUGGUCCACUUCUUGA